AGCUCCUAGGGUUUGGUUCACGCCGCUGAGUGCGCGGCGGCGCCGAUCCGGUUUCGUCUCCCGCGAAUUGCCUUCGUCCGAUUCAAAAUCGAAAUUGUAACUGGGACGGCGGGAAGGCGGUCACCUUUGCCGGGUUCAAAUAGACAGAGAGAGGGGGGCAAAACCUGCCCCGAUUUCUCGUGUCGGCUUCAGCAGGGUAUCAUGGGGCUGAUGGCGCUCAGCCGGUUGAUGUCCAUGCGGCGGGAUCGGCGCCACCGGAAAAUCAAAUCCCGUAGUAUGUCGAUUGCUUCAGCGGCUAAACGAAAGGGCUCGCCCGGUCGACAAGUUGAUAACCCACGAGGUCGCAAACGGAGAAGGUAUUCAGUGCCGGAUCUUCCAAAGGACAUCUGGCAUGAUAUACUGUCCCUGCUGCCACUGACUGAUGCUGCUCGAGCUGGCUGUGUGUCUCAAACAUUUCGGAGCUCCUGGAGAUCCCAUCCUAACCUCACCUUAAGUAUGGAAACACUGCGCCUGGAUGGACAUACAUGCAGAGAAGAUAAACUGGGGCGGAUUUUCACCAACAGAGUUGACCACAUUAUGAGAAAACACUCGGGUGGUGUGAAGACAUUCAAGCUUCACUACUGUGGUUCUUUUUUUGACAGCAGUUAUCUCAACAGGUGGCUUGAGAUUGCUGUUACUCCUGGGAUUGAAGAAGUCAUACUUUCAAUGCCUGCAGGAUGCAACACAGUUAAUUACGACUUCCCAUGCUCAGUUUUACUCAAUGGGAGUGGAAACUCGAUUCGACAUCUUAACCUCGACCGUUGUGCUUUCCAUCCCACAGCGGGACUUGGUUGCUUGACAAGGCUGCAUCUGUAUCAGGUGCACAUUACGGGAGAUGAGUUAGGACACCUUCUUUCCAACUCUCUUGCUAUGGAAGAGCUGAAUCUGAAUCGUUGUGACAAGAUCAUCUGCCUCAAGAUACCUUCCCUGCUACAUCGGCUCAACUGCCUGACAGUGUUUCGUUGCACAGCUCUGGAAGUGAUAGAGAAUAAAGCUCCAAAUGUUUGCGCUGUUCACAUUGAUGGCGCCCUAGAGAAACUUCCAGUUGGAGAUUUAUUGCAAGUGAAAGAACUACAAAUGCUGCAUGUCGAUGAAUCUAACCUUGUUCAUUAUGCUCGUUCCAAGCUUCCAUUCAUUAUGCCAAAUCUUGAAUUCCUCAGCGUAUGUUCGGCUGAAGAGAUGUUCAGUACGCCACUCUUAGCUGUCAAACUCCUGUACCUUAAGAACCUGCAGAUCUUUCUUGAUGAUGGACAGCUGGGGGGAUUUUCGCCAGCCUAUGAUUAUUUUUCUCUAGCUUAUUUUCUGGAUGCUUGUCCUGUCCUGGAGAACUUUAUCUUGGGUGUAUUACAGACUCGAGUAAAGCAUGAAUUGAUUUCUGCUGGAGACUCAAGCAUGAGACGGAUACCAGGACAUCAGUAUCGCAACAUGAAGAAUGUCAGUAUAAUGGGCUUCUGCUCUGCAAAGAGCAUGGUCGAACUAACCUGCCAUAUUCUUGAGAAUGCAACUUCACUCGAGUGCCUUAUGUUGGACACUGUAUACGAUAAUCGGGAAGACACUGAUGGAUGUUGUGUCAAGGGAUCUUCUGGUGAAUGCCGCCCGAUAGGCAGGAGUAUGAUCAUGCACGCCCACAAAGGGCUAUGGGCUAUUGAAAAAUAUGUUGCGGAGAAAGUUCCAUCCACAGCCAAGUUAAAUGUUAAGAAGCUAUGCAGCCGCUGCCAUAAAAUUAAAUGAGUUGUGCAGCUGUGCAACCGUACCAUUCUUUGUAGUAGUAUUUGACUAAUUUUUUCCUCAUGUACCUUUGAGUCAACGAAACAAUCUAGUGGUGCUGUACAAGUACAUGAGCUGUGUUCUGUCCAGGCUGUUCUGUGUAAUGCACAUCAUUUGUCGGAUUGUAUAAAAUCCAAGGAACUUUCGUGCC